AUGCAUGCACAUCCACAGGACAGAAAUGUUAUAAGAAUCAUAUGUAUUGCACUAUUAACGUUCAUUUUACUAGGUUUUAUCAAAGAAGUGCUGACGGUUCAAAAAAGCAUAAGUAAGAGAACCAAUGCCUCGUUUUUGAUUCUAGAAGAUCUUACGCUCUACAUUUGCAGUUUCUUGGUUUAUUCCCUGUACUGUAACAUGUUAAAAACCGAUCUAAAGAAAAUGUGGCUUCAUAAGUACAAAUUGUGUGCAAUUAUAUGCUUUGAUAUUGUCCUUUCACAGUGCUUUGUGUUCAUUGGCAACCUAAAAAUACCGCUUAUAGCAAAUAACAGUAGUUCAGAUGCAUCCUCGCUGGGCAGUGCGGUAAAAUUAACCCGAAUCUUUACGCUUGUAAUUUUCGGACCCUUCCUUGAAGAAAUCAUUUUUAGGCGGUUUCUCUACCAGCUAAUCAAAAAGGACAAACGAUUGUCUAAAGCAAUUAGAAAUUUAGAAUGGCGCAACAUUUUACUCAUAAUUUCGCUGAUAGUGAUUAACUCUACGCUGUUUGCGCUGUUACAUUACGAUGGGCGUUUUAUUAAUUUCUUUCCAUGGCCAUUUCUAUAUUUUGCGUGUGGUGGUAUGAACCUGUGCCUGGCAUGCGAACUCUGUGACAACAUUGUGAGUGCUGUAUUUAUGCACAUCUCUUUUAACUUUUUUGUGUUGAUAAAGGCAAUUGUGGCAACGUAAACCGCAGUUUGCCAGCUGCAAAGUCAUUACAAAUUUGAAUGUGUAGCGCAUGGCUGGCUGAACUAUAAUUUUUGUUUAACAUGCGUAAUUUCUGUGGGUUAUCAUCACGAACAGUAUAAGAAUGACAAAUUUUUAUUCCGAUGCCUAAAUGAACCAAUACCGCUUUUAGAGAUUGAUAUAGAAUAAAAGUUCUGCUUGCAA